UGUCUAGAAAUCCUAAAAGUCAGCUGUGACAUCAAGAUCAAGAUCAGACCAAACGUAAAGUAAACAUGUCGUCCGGCGGCACGGAGAAGGCCCUGUCGCUGCUCAGGAGGCUGCCGCGCGUCUCCCUCGGCAACCUCAAGCCCAACCCCGGUGCCAACAAGCAGCCGACUCGUGGGCGCGGCAUCUAUGGUGGCAAGACCCAUGGAGCAGGCUCCAAGGGAUCAGGGCAGCGGCAGAACUUCAUGCGGCUCGGCUAUGAGACAGGCAACAACCCAUUCUACCUGCGUUUCCCUUACCAGAAUUACUACAAGGGUCACCACCUAAAGCUGUCAUAUGUGCCACUCUGCAUGGGGAAGCUGCAGCGCAUGAUCGACACCAACAGGCUACGCACAGAUGUCCCUGUUGAUGUGACGCAGUUGGUAGCGACUGGAUUGUUCACCAUCAAACCCAUAGAAAAAGAGGGUGGCAUCUGGCUGCAGGAUGAUGGCAUGGACCAUUUCCAAGCUACUCUCAAUCUGGAGGUGCAGUGGGCAUCAGAGGCCGUCAUUGCUGCUGUGGAACGCUGUGGAGGCACCAUAGUCACAUCAUACUUUGACCCCAUCUCCCUUCAGACUGCUAUUGACCCCAUUUCACACUUUAAAAGAGGUGUGCCCAUUCCCCGCCGCAUGUUGCCGCCACAAGAUCUUAUUGACUACUACAGUGACCCCAAGAAUAGGGGCUACCUGGCUGACCCUGCUGAGGUGGCCAAGGAAAGAUUCAUUUUGUCCCAGAAAUACGGGUACGAGUUGCCGGACAUCAGUGCUUCACAACACAGAGAUAUGCUGCUGGAACAGAAGGACCCAAGACAGAUUUUCUAUGGUCUUCAGCCAGGCUGGGUUGUAAACCUUGAAGACAAGGUGAUCAUGAAGCCCACAGACCCUGAACUAAAAGAACACUAUGCAUCAUAGGUCUUGAAAAUACUUUAAAUUUUCCAGUGUUGUAUAUAUGUAGAAUUAUGUAAGAAAACUACUAAAGGUCUCUGGUUGACUGUUGAGUAAUAAAAUUCUUGCUGUUGUUUGCAA